CAAAAGAUUGAUUAUUUUCGCCGCGAUUCAAGUUGCUACUCUUCCAAAAUUUAAGGCGACAUGUCGUUAUAAAUUACCUUUCACUCUGGUCGGGAAGCAAGCAAGAGAGGUGGUGGUGGUGGUGGUGGUGGUGGAGUGAGUAUUGAGUCGCUCUUCACUGUUCAGUGCUACUUGGGGUUGCUGUCGUGCGCACAUGGCGAAGUUCACCCUAGGUUGUGAACCAGUGGUGGGAUCACUCACGCCCUCGAAGAAGAGAGAUUACAAGGUCACCAACAGGCUUCAAGAGGGCAAGCGCCCCCUCUACGCCGUCGUUUUUAACUUCAUUGACUCUCGCUACUUCAACGUCUUUGCUACCGUCGGAGGCAAUCGGGUGACCGUUUACCAAUGUCUAGAAGGCGGUGUUAUAGCUGUGUUGCAGUCUUACGUUGAUGAUGAUAAGGAUGAGUCUUUUUAUACUGUGAGCUGGGCAUGCAACAAAGAUGGAAUUCCCCUUGUUGUGGCUGGGGGUAUCAAUGGUAUAAUCCGUAUCAUUGAUGCUGGCACUGAGAAGAUAUAUAAGAGUUUUGUUGGCCAUGGCGACUCAAUAAACGAAAUAAGAACCCAGCCACUAAGACCAUCACUUAUUGUGUCAGCAAGUAAAGAUGAGUCAGUUCGGUUAUGGAAUGUAGAAACUGGAAUAUGUGUUCUGAUAUUCGCAGGAGCUGGGGGUCACCGCAAUGAGGUUUUGAGUGUGGACUUUCAUCCUUCAGACGUAUAUCGCAUUGCAAGUUGUGGCAUGGACAAUACAGUCAAGAUCUGGUCAAUGAAAGAGUUCUGGACAUACGUAGAGAAAUCUUUCACAUGGACAGAUCUUCCGUCCAAAUUUCCCACAAAAUAUGUUCAAUUUCCUGUAUUUAUAGCUUCCGUCCAUUCAAACUAUGUUGACUGCAAUAGGUGGCUUGGUGACUUUGUCCUCUCAAAGAGCGUGGAUAAUGAAAUUGUGUUGUGGGAACCUAAAAUGAAGGACCAGUCACCUGGGGAGGGAUCUGUUGACAUUCUUCAAAAAUACCCAGUUCCUGAGUGCGAUAUUUGGUUCAUCAAGUUCUCCUGUGAUUUUCACUACACUGCUGCUGCCAUAGGGAAUCGAGAAGGAAAGAUAUAUGUUUGGGAACUCCAAUCUAGCCCCCCAGUUCUUACUGCAAGGUUAUCUCAUGCUCAAUCAAAAUCUCCAAUAAGACAGACAGCAGUGUCCUUUGACGGAAGCACCAUUCUCAGCUGCUGUGAGGAUGGAACAAUUUGGCGCUGGGAUGAUGUAGCAAGUUCUUAAGCCUAUCCAUAGUGAUAUGAUCUAAGGUUUAUUCAAGUGCACUUUGCUUUAUGUUAGAAUGGUAUUUUAUGUUUAUCCCUUGAUAUAUAGAAGGGAGAAACUUAAAGGACUUGAAUAUGUAACUCAAAAGUUGGAGAAAAGUUAAUUUUCUAAUCUUUCUAAAUUAAAAACACUUUGAACUUAA